AUGGCAGCAACUCUACACAAGUUCAAGCUCGUAUUCUUCGUUCCUCCUUCUGCCGUCAAUGCCUGUAAGGCUGCUAUCUUCGGUGCCGGUGCGGGACGUUUCCCAGGCCCAGCCGGGUACACCGAGUGCUGCUUUACUAGCAGAGGAACAGGACAGUUCAGACCAGGCGAUGCUGCCAAUCCACAUAUUGGCAAAGUUGGUGAAUUGGAAGAAGUAGAUGAGUAUAGAAUCGAGGCUAUAUGUAUGGGGCGUGAUACCGCUGUCAAAGCUGUGGAAGCGCUGAAGAAGGCACAUCCAUACGAAGAACCCGCAUACGAAGUAUACAAGAUGGAGGAUAUGUAA